AUGAUUUUCUACACUCUGCCAAUAUUUCUAGGCUUUUUAACAAUUUCAGCCGCAGAUUGUCCGGCUUGUCCAAGUGGAGGAGUUUGGACAGCUUGGCAGACUGUUUCCAGUUGCACAGCCCCUUGUGGUGGUUGUGGAUGGAUGGUUCAAAAGAGAACUUGCUCAUCCCGUCGAUGGGGAUGUCCAUGCGAUGGUCCGUACUCUCGCAAGCGUCAAUGCCCAACGACUCCUUGUCCUGGUCCAAGUGAACCGUGUUGUGCAGCGGCUCCACUCAAAAACGGUCAAUGUAUUGCACCACUUCCCAAUCCAGCGCCAUACAAUGUUACUUGUGCCCAAAAUGCUGAUAUCUGUUGGUGCCCGGAAGGAACAACGCAAUCCGGAAUCUGGAGCGCUUGGUCAAAUGUGGGGACAUGUACGAAAACAUGUGGACUUUGCGGAACGAUCAAACAGACGAGGACGUGUCUUUCUGAGGCCUGGGGAUGUCCGUGCAACGCUCUUCCCACACAGACAAAAGACUGUCCGAUCACUCCAUGCCCAGCUAGUGCUGCUUCCGCUUGCUGCAAAAGUUACACAGUGUUAACAAAUACUGGUGGGUCGACCAAUUCGAGCACAUGGAAACAAGUCUGUGGCAUCACUCUGCCCGAUGAUCCGACCUAUCCAAACAAUUGCCAUUGCACGGACUGUACUGCUGCAAAGAUCACAAAGGUACCAGCUGGAGGAAAGUAUUCUGCUUUCACAAGUGCUGGAGUCACUUCGACACCUUUCACAUCAUGCCCAAAUGUCUAUAAGGCAAGCUGUAUGGCUGGAGAUGGGAAACAAGCGUCUAUCGAGUUAAACGGUGGAACCCUGCCCAGCGUUAGUGGGACACCAAGUGUCGAACUGGAUCUAACUUGCGCUUCAAAUGGUUCAGGAUGGGAAUACAAUGGGAAGAUUAUAACGAAAAUUGGAUGCCUGAUUGGU